AUGAACCUUAGGGAUUACAAACCACUUUCCGAUGCCAGCGCCAGCGCGCCACUUGUUCACGCCGUAGGCAGCCAAGUCGCGUGGAAUGCGGUGCGAGCCUGGCUCGUAACCGUAAGCUCCACUCCAGCCAUGGCCACCGCCUACAGCACGCAGCGAUUUCUCUCUGCCGUCUCCGCCUCGCGCCAUCUCAGUAGCCCACUGCGAUCGUCUGACGUGUCAUUUCGUCCGCGUCCGUUCGUCGCGUCGCAUUUAAGCUGUCACUCCCGCCGCGCGUCUCAACGCCAGCGAGUAAUGCCGCGCGCGUCGGCAGCGGAUUUCAGAGCGCGCGGCAUCGAGGACGGCCGCUCCGCCAGAGGCGUAGAAGACGCGUUUCCCGCCACGUCGGUUCCAUCCCAGCUGACGUCACCGCUGCUGGCAGCCAAUGGGGGGGCCAGCCCGCCGCCUGCAGCAGCAGAGAGCACCCCGCCCACCAGCAAUGCCGUCUGGACUGCUGCCGCCCUGCCUUUCCUCUUCCCGGCGCUGGGCGGGGUGCUCUUCGGCUACGACAUCGGCGCCACCUCCAGUGCGCUGCUCUCGCUCAAGGACCCGGUGCUGUCAGGCACGGACUGGUUUGACCUCUCCUCCACUGCUGUCGGCCUCGUGGUGAGCGGGUCGCUGGGAGGAGCGCUGCUGGGCUGCCUGCUCGCCUUCCGCAUUGCUGACCCUCUCGGGCGGAGGAGGGAGCUGCUGCUGGCGGCGGGGCUCUUCUUCUUAGGGGCGCUGCUCACAGCCUCCGCCCCUUCCCUGCCUGCACUGCUCGCUGGUCGUCUCGUCUACGGCUCCGCCAUCGGCCUUGCCAUGCAUGCGGCGCCCAUGUACAUAGCGGAGACCAGUCCACCGGCCAUACGGGGCACGCUCAUCUCACUCAAGGAGGCCUUCAUUGUCGCCGGCAUCCUCCUGGGGUACGUGAGUGGCAGUGUGCUGGUGGGCACGGAGGGCGCGUGGCGGGGCAUCUACGGGGUGGCAGCGCCGCUGGCGCUCGUGAUGGGGGCAGGCAUGGCGUGGCUGCCGCCCUCCCCCCGCUGGCUGCUGCUGCGCGCGCAGCAGGAGCAGCACCCGCAGACGCAAGGGCAAGAGGGGCAGGAUGGGCAGGACGGGCGGGUGGGGGAAAGGAGCGAGGAGGCGCGCAGGCGGGCGGUGGAGGCGGUGAGGCGGCUGAGGGGGGGCGCGUGUGGGGAGGGGGAGGCGCGGAGGGAGGUGCAGGGCAUGGUGGAGGCCAUGGGGGAGGGGGGGGGCAAGGGGGGUGCAAGUGGGUGGGGUGAGCUGGUAGCAGGGGCGAGCGGGCGUGCUCUGGACGCGGGCUUCUCAGCUGCCAGUGACGCCACUCGAGUGUCCGUGCUGCUGGGCCUCUUCAAGCUGGGCAUGACGGGCGUGGCCAUCGCCACUGUGGACCGCUGGGGCCGCCGCCCUCUGCUGCUCGCUGGCGUCUCCGGCCUCGUGGCGAGCCUGGUGCUGCUGGGGUGGACGUACGGCAGCGUCAGCGGCGUGCCCGCCCUCAGUGUGCUCGCGCUGCUGCUCUUCGUCGGCUGCUACCAGGUGUCGUUUGGCCCCAUAGCAUGGCUCAUGGUCUCGGAGGUGUUUCCUCUGCCGGUGCGGGGCCGAGCGCAGAGCAUCGCCACGCUCCUCAACUUCGCCUCCAAUGCCCUCGUCACCUUCGCCCUGCCGCCCAUUCAGGGUGCGUUGGGGCAAGCAGGCACGUUUUACUCGUUCGCCACCAUCGGUGCUGGAGCCCUCCUCUUCAUCUACCUGUGGGUGCCCGAGACCAAAGGGCUCCAGCUGGAGGAGAUUGAAGCAAAGCUAGCCUCCGGCAAGAUAUGA